GGUAUAUAAGGAGCCCAGGCUGGGGGCCACGGGCACUGCGCUCCAGGUCCAGCCCAGCCCGCACCUCCUGCCUGUGCCUUUCUGCCUGCUGAGAGCUCACCAGCACUGCUGCCCAGCCAUGGCCACCACGUUGCUGCAAACUUCUUCCUCCACCUUCGGGGGUGGCUCGACUCGAGGGGGCUCCCUCCGGGUUGGGGGAGGGGGCUUUGGUGGAGGGAGUCUCUAUGGUGGCGGUGGAAGCCGUAGUAUCUCGGCCUCUUCGGCCAGGUUUGUCUCCUCGGGGUCAGGAGGGGGAUAUGGGAGUGGCAUGAGCUGUGGCUUUGGUGGAGGGGCUGGUAGUGGUUUUGGUGGGGGUUUUGGUGGUGGCUUUGGUGGGGGUUUUGGCGGUGGCUUUGGUGGGGGUUUCGGUGGUGGCUUUGGUGACUUUGGUGGUGGCGAUGGCGGCCUCCUCUCUGGCAAUGAGAAGAUCACCAUGCAGAACCUCAACGACCGCCUGGCCUCCUACCUGGAAAAGGUGCGCGCCCUGGAGGAGGCCAACACCGACCUGGAGGUGAAGAUCCGAGACUGGUACCAGAAGCAGAGCCCUGCCAGUCCGGAACGAGACUACAGCCAUUACUUCAAGACCAUUGAAGAGAUCCGGGACAAAAUCCUGGCCGCCACCAUCGACAACUCCCGGGUCAUCCUGGAGAUUGACAAUGCCAGGCUGGCUGCAGACGACUUCAGACUCAAGUAUGAGAAUGAGCUGGCCCUGCGCCAGAGCGUGGAGGCCGACAUCAACGGCCUGCGCAAGGUGCUGGACGAGCUGACCCUGGCCAGGACUGACCUGGAGAUGCAGAUUGAAAGCCUGAACGAGGAGCUGGCCUACCUGAAGAAGAACCAUGAGGAGGAGAUGAAGGAGUUCAGCAGCCAGCUGGCCGGGCAGGUCAACGUGGAGAUGGACGCAGCACCCGGUGUGGACCUGACGCGCAUGCUGUCUGAGAUGAGGGAGCAGUAUGAGGCCAUGGCGGAGAAGAACCGUCGGGAUGCUGAGGCCUGGUUCUUCAGCAAGACCGAGGAGCUGAACAAGGAGGUGGCCUCCAACACUGAAAUGAUCCAGACCAGCAAGACGGAGAUCACGGAGUUGAGGCGCACCAUGCAGGGGCUGGAGAUCGAGCUGCAGUCCCAGCUCAGCAUGAAAGCCGGGCUGGAGAACUCAUUGGCGGAGAUCGAGUGCCGCUAUGCCACACAGCUACAGCAGAUCCAGGGGCUCAUCAGUGGCCUGGAGGCCCAGCUAAGUGAGCUCCGCUGUGAGAUGGAGGCUCAGAGCCAGGAGUACAACAUGUUGCUGGACAUCAAGACUCGGCUGGAGCAGGAGAUCGCUACUUACCGCAGCUUGCUUGAGGGCCAGGAUGCUAAGAUGGCGGGCAUUGGCAUCAGGGAAGCCUCCCUGGGAGGUGGUGGCAGCAGCAGUUUCCACAUCAAGGUAGAGGAGUCAGUGGAUGGAAAGGUGGUUUCCUCCCGAAAGAGAGAAGUCUAAGCGGUCAGCAGGAGAGCAACGUUCCUUGCUACCAGCUCCCCUUCCCAGGCUGAGUUGGGGACUGGAAUGCGAGAGGGGGCUGGAAAUCAAACUCCGGUCCCUACCUUCAGAAAGCAACUGGCUGAUGUAGUUCCCUUCAUCUCCUAGUUUGGGGCUUUGCAUGUUCUCUCCCUUGUCUAAUGCUCUGCACCUCCUUCCUGGCAAGGAGUGCAAGCAACAACUGUUUUGGGUAACAAGCUCAUUGUAUCGAGUUUAUUCCUGCAAUAAAGAACUACUUUUCCAUUUGCAAGUA